GAUGAUCUCGAAGAGCGGUGCGACGUCGUAGUAAGAGAGCUUGACUUGCAGUUAUAUUUCACACGUCACUGCAAUCUGCAGACUGCAGCUUUAUGAAUCGGAGCCAAAAUCAAACUCUACUAACCGGAGACUCUCUCUCUCUCAUGCUAUCUCUCUUGAUUUCGACAAAAAAAUCAUCAUAACUAUCCCAAUUCAGGAUUAUCUUAACUGAAUUGAUUGAAAACUGAGUUGAGGGGAGAUGAGACAGAGGGCUAAAGGUGCUUCUUUGAAGCCUAAUCCAAUUAGUUCUGCCACAAAUCAAGAAAAUAGUGGUGGAGAAGGGGAAAAUUCGUUGAAGGAUAAGAAUGUAGCUCUGAUUGCUAAGAGGUCAAGUUAUGUAGUGUUUACAUUGUUUGUGUUGGUUAUAUAUGGGGCUUGGGGUGUGUAUCAUUACCAGUUUGAGAGUCUGCCUGUACCCUUGGCACUCGAGCAUGUCGGAAAGAGAGGGUUUUCGGAGCAUGAGGCCAUGAAACACGUCGAAACUUUGACUCAAUUAGGCCCGCAUCCUGUUGGUUCUGAUGCUCUGGAGAGUGCAGUGAAGUAUGUGACAGAAGCAGCAGAAAUUAUAAAGAAAACAGCUCAUUGGGAGGUUAAUGUGGAGGUUGAUCUUUUCCAUGUAAAAUCUGGUGCUAACAAUAUGGUUGGUGGCCUUUUUAAAGGCAAAACCCUUGUUUAUUCGGAUUUGAAUCACGUUGUAUUAAGAAUCACGCCGAAAUAUGCAUCUGAAGCAGGGGAAAGAGCAAUUCUGGUGUCCUCCCACAUCGACACUGUUUUUGCAGGGGAAGGGGCUGGUGAUUGCAGUUCAUGUGUGGCUGUUAUGCUUGAGCUUGCUCGAGGAGUUUCUCAGUGGGCUCACGGAUUCAAGAAUGCCGUUAUAUUUUUAUUUAAUACUGGGGAAGAGGAAGGUUUGAAUGGUGCUCACAGCUUUGUUACUCAGCAUCCUUGGAGUGAUACAGUAAGAAUAGCUGUCGAUUUGGAAGCGAUGGGCAUAGGCGGAAAAUCUAGUAUUUUCCAGGCUGGUCCUCAUCCUUGGGCAAUUGAAAACUUUGCUUCUGUAGCUAAGUACCCAUCAGCACAAAUUGUUGCUCAGGAUAUUUUUUCUUCGGGGGCUAUAAAAUCUGCAACUGAUUUUCAAGUCUACAAAGAACUUGCAGGAUUUUCAGGUCUUGACUUUGCAUACGUAGAUAAUACCGCUGUGUACCAUACCAAGAAUGACAAGUUAAAACUAUUACGACCUGGUUCGCUUCAACAUCUUGGAGAAAAUAUGCUUGCAUUCUUGCUUCAUGCAGCUGCCUCCCCCAGCCUCCCGGAAAGCAAGGCCGUGGAAUCUGAUGUAGAAUCCAAUGAGGAGAAAGCUAUAUAUUUCGACAUUCUGGGAACAUACAUGAUCACGUUUCGUCAGCGCCUUGCCAAUAUGCUUUACAAUUCAAUAAUUAUGCAGUCCCUUUUGUUAUGGACUACAUCGUUGUUGAUGGGCGGUUCUUCUGCAGUCACAUCGUUGGCCCUAGCAUGUUUGAGUCUUGUACUAAUGUGGAUAUUUUCCAUUAGUUUUUCCGCUGCCAUUGCGUUCGUUCUUACCAUCAUAUCAUCUUCACCGGUGCCAUUUGUCGCCUACCCAUGGCUGGCACUUUGUCUCUUUGGCGCGCCUGCUCUUCUCGGAGCUUUUACCGGUCAACAUGUCGGUUUUAUUAUCCUCGAAUCGUAUUUGGCCCGUACUUUCACCGAAAGAAGGAGAAACUUACCUGCUAAUUUGCGGACCUGUUUGGCGAAGUUAGAUGCGGAAAGAUGGAUCUUUAAAUCUGGUUUGGUGCAAUGGUUCGUUCUCCUGAUGCUCGGAAAUUACUACAGGAUAGGUUCUUCUUAUCUAGCUCUCGCUUGGUUAGCAUCACCUGCAUUUGCUUAUGGUUUUCUUGAAGCAACAUUGUCUCCAACAAGGCUGCCGAAGCCGCUCAAAUCUGCAACAAUUUUAAUCGGCUUGUCCGUGCCCUUUCUACUGUCUUCUGGCAUGGUUAUUAGGUUGUCAGCUACUAUAAUUGGAACUUCCGUUCGUUUUGUAAGGAACCCUGGUGCUAGCCCCGAGUGGUUGGGAAAUAUCAUACUUGCUAUAUUCAUUGCUGCAAUUGUAUGUUUGACUAUGGUGUAUCUACUGUCAUAUAUUCACAUAUCAGGUGCAAAAGUACCACUUAUCGUUGCUACGAGUAGUCUGCUUGUGAUAUCUCUAGUUGCGGUGUGGGGAGGCAUCGUUCCACCAUUUACAGAAGAUAUAGCUAGAGCUGUAAAUGUCGUACACGUCGUGGAUGCAACACGAGUAAACGGUGGAGAUCUCGAACCGGUCUCAUAUAUUUCUAUGUUCUCAACGACUCCCGGAAAUUUGAUCAAGGAGGCUGAUCAUAUUGGAGAAGGAUUUGCUUGUGGCAGGGCUAGAUAUUCAGAUUUUGUUACAUUCUCUGUCAACUACAGUUGCUGGACGGACAAAGGCGCCGGAACCGGAUGGCUGAAAUCCGACAUUCCAUCGAUCCAUGUAGCAAAGGACACGAGGGGAGAGAGCCGAGAGACUCAAAUUCUCAUCGACACCACAAUUUCUACGCGCUGGUCUCUAGGGAUCAACACUGGAGAAAUCGAAGACUUCCACUUGAAAGACGCAGACUCUGAUGAGCUGAUUACGCUUGGUGAGAAGAGCAGCGUGGACGGAUGGCACACCAUCCAGUUCUCGGGUGGCAGGAAGGCGCCGACCAAGUUUCACCUCUCGUUGUUCUGGUCCAGAAACAGCACUCAAACGGCCACUGCCGGAGACGAGCACCUCCUGAGGCUCAGAACGGACGUGGACAGGCUGACACCACCGAUGGAGACCAUUCUUGGGAAGCUCCCACCGUGGUGUUCCCUCUUUGGGAAGUCGACAUCUCCCCACACGUUGGCGUUUUUGAGUAGUCUACCGGUGUCAUUCUAGGUAACGAGGGAGAUCAGUAGCCGCUAUAAUCCUCACACACACACACACACACACGUCACAGUUGCUCAUACAGGUUAGAAUCGGCAAUGUCGGGUCACGGAGGCGUCGUUCCAUCGUUGUCGUGUCGACCCGACACGUCGGGUAUGAUGAUUACAGCUUUACUUAUUAUUACAUUAGAUAGUGAAGAAAAAAAGAAGAAAAAUAAAAUAUUCAGAGAUGAAGCUGUGGUGAUUGAUAUUUUUGAACAUGAGUUGUAUUAGUUAGUAUUUUUUUUAGUGUCUUUUUCAUGUUCCGUUA